AUGAAAAAGAGUGUCGAAAAACGUAGAUCGUUAGCGGUCGGCUGCUUCCGAGAUCCAACUAAAAUGGACUUACCAACACCCAGUAGGGGUCCUCAGAGGAAAGCUUCUCUUUUCCAUAACUUUGUCUCGCCUGUGAAACCUUCCACUCGCAGAUACUCUUUAUCCAGUCUUGUUCUUGGAAGUAGUACUACAUCAGCAAGGUGUUCCUUCGAUAGAUCUUCUUCACCUCCAAACGAUUCAGAAGCUGAUUUUCUUUCCGGUCAUUCUAUAUUUUCUGAAGAGUUCGUAAACACUCAGUGUCCUUUUCUUAAAGAUAGUUCGCCCGUUUUUCGAACAGGUGAAGAAGUAUCUCUACUUACAAGACGUCGCUCCGUUACUACUUCUUGUAUGGGUCGAGCUAUGAGAGUAAUAGUUGCUGGCUCUAAGAAGGUUGGGAAAACUUCCAUACUCAGACAAGUUGCCUGCAUGGAGGACAUCACUACCCAGCCUUAUUGCCCCACUCUUGAUGACACAUAUCAGGUGUUGUUGGAGGAAGGUGAUAGACCAAGAGAAAACCUAGUAUUCCAUGACACUGGUGGUAUUGCUGAUUAUGGCCCCGCCGAGCUGAAAAAAGCAUAUCUACAGGUAGCAGACGCCUUCGUCUUGGUGUAUUCUGUCGUGGAUCAUGAAUCAUUCAAUCGCGUUGAUCUUUUGAAGAAAUUCAUUGAAAAACAAUUUGGAAAAGAGAAGAAAGAAGUUCCCAUAGUUGUGCUUGGUAACAUGCGAGACUUACCAGGUCGUCAAGUGGACAGAGAAUUCGCUCAAACUUGGGCUACUCGGGAAAAAGUCAAACUUUUCGAAGUAACUGCAACCGACCGAUCAAGUCUUGUUGAUUUCGUUCAAUAUCUAGGAAUGCGUCAUUUCCAUCCUAGCAAGGAAUCAAAGUUUUCAUUAUCCAAGAAACUGAAAUCGGAUAAGUCGAAUGCAGCUAUUGUUAUGGACUUCUAA